UUUACAUUUUGUGUUAUUAUUUAUACGUAUGUAUGUGGAUCACCAUCUAAUAUUAAUUUUAUCAAGAAUUUUAGGUGACCACGUGAUGUUUCUAGGACAAUCACUAGUACAGGUAGCUUCCCUAGUUAAUUUUUUGUCCACGGUGCUUCCACCUACCGGAAAAGACUCACCUGGUGUGUUUGAUAGACCUCUAGAAGAGUGUUAUGACUACAUUGUAGUGGGAGCAGGGUCGGCAGGAGGAAUCGUUGCUACACGUUUAUCUGAAGGAUCUGAUAAAAUCCUACUAUUAGAGGCUGGUGGGUCAGACAUAGAUGACGACCUGACAAAGAUACCAUUAUUAUGGAGUGCUUUUUCGAAUAGCAAUCUAGACUGGAAAUUCAAGACCAUACCGCAGAUGCAUUCCCACUUUGCAAAUAAAGAUAAGGUAAGCAACUGGCCUCGAGGAAAAUGUUUAGGCGGAACUGGAAAAAUAAAUGCAAUGGCUCUUAUCCGCGGAAAUCCCAAAGAUUUUGCCAAAUGGACGAUAGAGGGCGCUGUCGGAUGGAGCUACAGUGAUGUAUUACCAUUCUUUAAAAAGAUAGAAAAUAUUGAUUUCAACCUAUCAACGUACAAUGAAGGAAAUAAGCAAAAUUUGAUAGAUUUAACUCAAGAACAAACAGAAGCAGAAGAAGUUUGCAUCUCUUUUGAUUGCAAGAAUGAACCAGAAAAAGAUCUACGUGGUCGGAACGGACCACUGACAAUUGUCGAGUCCAGAAUGACAAUGCUGGAAUAUUUUCAUGAACAGGCUGCUCAAGAGUUAGGAUUCAAUAGAAUAGACUGCAAUAGUGAAACUCAACUGGGUUUCUGUAGAAUUCAAGUUAAUAUUAAGAAAGGAGAAAGAUGUGACACAGCAUCCUGCUACCUAAGACCAGCUCUAGAGAGGACAAAUUUGCAAGUUCAUUUAAACAGCCAUGUGUCAAAGAUACUAUUCGAGGGAAAAGUUGCACAAGGAGUAGAAUUUUCUAAAGAUGGCAUUUUGAACAAAGUAUAUGCAAGAAAGGAAAUCAUUCUGUCAGCAGGAGUUGUUGGUUCACCAAAAAUACUGUUAUUAUCAGGAAUAGGACCUAAACAGCACCUGAAUGACAUUGGGAUUCCAGUUGUUGUAGAUCUGCCUGUCGGUGAAAAUGUCCAAGAUCAGAUGGCAAUGCACUUUCAGGUUUCAAUAAACAUGAGCUUGGCUACAACUUCUCAGAAGAUGAUGAACACAGAAAACAUUCUGCAAUACUUGUUCUUCAGAGAAGGUAUAUAUGCUCAGAUUGGAGUAGAUGGGAUGGUUUUUGUCAAUUUAGAUCAGAAUAAUGAAGAACCUCCUGAUAUCCAGUUGAUAUUUCUCGGCUUGUCUUACGACAAAGGUUUUCUUGACAGUUUUUACUACAAAGAAGAAGUAAAGGAAGAGCUUGCUAAACGAACAGAUCCUAAUAGUUUUGUGGUUAUUAUGAACUUGCUGCAUGCAAAAAGUAGAGGAACAAUUACGCUGUCAACAACUAGUUCGUCAGACAAGCCUGUUAUUGAUCCAAUGUAUCUUUCUGAUUCAGAUGAUGUUGAGACAUUUGUCAAAGGAAUUCGAUUUUUGCAAAAACUUCAAGAAACUAAGUCAUGGAAGAGCAUAGGAGCCACGUUAAUUAGACACGACACACCUGGUCAUUGCAGUGAAGAAGAAUAUGAUGAGGACAAUUAUUGGAGAUGUAUGGUUCGCCAUUUUGCCAAUCAAGCAAACCAUCAAACAAGUUCCUGCAGGAUGGGAUUAGACGAUGAAACUGCUGUUGUCGACCCUCAACUCAGGUAG